CCUUUUGUUUGCACUUUUCCAAGCGCCUAGUUUCCCACGCUGUGCAUGUCAUUGAACGCCUCAUUCGGCAGAACAUCAUGCAUGGCCACACAAAGAUGCUGCGUUAGCAUGCCCUGCUACAAAUGCUACAUCAUACACUUGACCACUAAAUAGCACACUUUUGGCCAGCAAAGUGACGUCACAGCACUCACCAAGCACCGGAAGUCGUCCCCCGCGCGCUGCUCCCAGCCGCCAGGGGGCGCACUCGCACUGGUGGCUUCUUCCUGCAGGCCAGGAAGUGAUGCUGCCAAGAAGGAGUUUGUGGUCGCCGUCUAACGUGUGUCCAUCAACACGUUGCAGGUCGCUGAGGAAGCAUGUAUCAGCUCCCGGUCGGGAACCUGGACAAGAUCCGGAAGGCGCGCAAGUCCGUCAAACAUGUCCUGAGUGAGAUCGGCCUGGAGGAUUGCCAGAACUUUCUCAAGGAGUUUGAGCAAAGCCCGGAGCAGAACUCGGAGGAAGCGGAUCCUCCGAAAGGCGCCGAGGGGAGCGACUCUGCCGACGCGCAUCACGGCCGACUCCAAAAGAAGGACGGCGAUGAUCUGCAGGGCACCGAGUGGAGCGACUUCACCGACGGAUACCAUGGCCGACUCCGAAAGAAGUGGCCGUAUCGGAGCAGGACCAUGUGCUGCGCCAUGUGCAAGUACUCAUCCCAGAACAUCUACCACUACCGCAACCACGUGGCGCGCUGCCACGAGUGCCUGCAGACGCUGUGCGCACUGACCGCCUGCCACCGCUGCAUCUUCGUGGCGCACCCCCGCGUGCUCAAGAAGCACUUGGCCUUCUUCCACGGCAACCGAGGCGUGGGGCCGCUGCCCGGGGAGGCGGUGCACCGGGGAAACGAGCGCUACCAGUGCAGGAAGUGCGGCUUCCCCACCCACUCCGUCUUCGCCAUCAAGAAGCACAUCAUCCUCAAGCACCUGGAGAGCUACACGGAUCAGUACAUCGGCUACAGGUACCCCGUGUCGGGCUCCGCCGUCAAGCUGUACUGCUGCAAGGUGUGCAAGGUGAACACGGGAACUCUAGACCAGAUGCUGCACCACAUGCUAGUGGACCCCAAACACUUCGCCGUCAACUCGCAGGUGCAGACUAUGAUUUACGAGAACAAGAACUUCGCCAAGCCGCCACCUAACGGCAAUGGCGGUUUUGUCACGUUGCCGAGCCUCGCGCCAAAACCGCAGCAAAGUAAGUCCUUUGUGGUGCCGAGCAACGGCCAACACGGCGGCGCCAUGGUGGCUCUGAAUCAGAUGCAGGGCGCGUCCAACAGCGCCACGCUUAUCUGCGCUCCCAACAGCAACCAAGCCUUCCUGCCCCCUCAGGCGUCGGCGCUCGUGCAGCUGGCGAGCGCCGAAGCGAAAGGUUUGCUCCAGCCCGGCGCCACCAUCGCCCUGCGGGGCUCAUCACUGGUCCAAUACCCCAACAUGUCCCUGAAGCAGGCACCGCCCCAAUCGCAGCAGAUCCUUGUUCCUUCGGGUCCGCAGGUCAACGCAGCGGCCGGGCCCGGCUCCGCGCCCAGGUCCGCGAUGGUGGUGCAGAACCCGCCGGCGAACCAGGUGACUCUCCAAGGCACCAUGCUGACGUCCCAGUCGCUGCUCAGUCACCUGAUCCCCACAGGCAACCGGGUGAACGGCAUGCCCACAUACACCUUCGCUCCGCUCCAGAUGGCCGCGCCCGGCCCCCAGAGUCCGGCCGGCCCGGCAGCCAACCAAACAAAGAAGUGGAUCACGUGCCCGCUCUGCAACGAACUCUUCCCCUCCAACGUCUUUGACAUGCACAUCGAGGUGGCCCACCACAGCAAGUCCACAGUUUCCCGCUCGGAAAGCCUGGCGGGGCGGGCGGCCUUCCUGAGGAAGAUGCCCGACAAGACUCUCAAAUGUCUGACGUGCAAAGUUCUGCUGUCGGAGAAAAGCGUCCUCCAACACCUGCUGCACGGCCUGGGCUGCCUGUACUGUGCCACCACCUUCUUCUCCGUCAAGCAGCUCAAUGAACACGUCCGGCAACACAACCCCAGCGGCAAGCUUUACUGUGACUUCCUGCGGCAGAACUACAAGAUCUACACAAAACCUAACGCCGGGAUCUUGUUCCCUUACUUUGACGUCGCCACCACGGCGCCCAGGGAGAUCCUGGGAGAGUGCGAGGUCAACCUGGCGCUGGUCACCAGCUCCCUGGAGCUCAUCUACGUCCAGCUGCAGCCCAGCAGCCAGCCGGAGAUCUGCUCCGCCCCCGUCCGAGUCAACGCCACUUUCUGCCCCUUCUGCGACGAGAAGUUCCAGGAGGAGUCCAAGCACCUGCAGCACCUGAAGCAGAAACACUUUGUGGCGCCCACCAUCCACGCCAUCCUCAAGACGGAGGCCUUCAAGUGCGUGUACUGUAACGGCGUCUACACGGGGAAGGUCACGCAGCAGGCCGUCAUGCUCCACAUCCAGCGGUGCCGCAGUUCGCCCAAACCAGCCAAAAUCACGGCGCCGCCGCCACCACCGCUUCCCAAGUCUGUGCAGGUGCCCCGGCAGCCACCGGGACUGUACUUCCUCCAAAUGCCAGUGAAACAAAUGCCAGCCAAAGCUCUUGGUCCUGCCAGCCCGGCGGCUGCAGGGCCGUCUCCUCAGCCAAGCACGGAGCAGAUGCAGUCCACUAGAAGACUGGAGGCCGCAUUGAAGGAGGUCAUCGCCUUCAACAAGCGGGAGCGUGAACACAAGGCGGCCAUGCGCAAGAAGCGAGAGCAGGAGCGCUUGAUGCCGCCGCCCGAGCCCGAAGUCCAGAGCGACCCCAACAUCAAACUGGUGCUGGAGCCCGACGCACUAGACCGCCGUGGCCCCGACGAGCGGCGGAACUUCAUCGCCAGAUACUUCAACACCAACCCCUACGCCGGCCGCGCCGAGACGGAGGAGCUGUGUCGGCGCCUGGCGCUGACCAAGGCCGAGGUGGUGGCGCUCUUCAGCACGAAGCGCAGCCGAUGCCUGAAGAACCUCAAGAAGAGCUCGGCAGCCGUGCUGAUGGGCUUCGACAUGGCCCGCCUGGCGCAGCUCAAACACCCGCUGCACAUUCCUGAACAACGGCCUGCCGAGCUGCGGGAGGAGGAGCCAGAGGAGGAGGCGGAGUCGAUGGAGGAGCCGGAGUCGAUGGCGGAGGGCGGGAAGGAGAAGACGGAGGAGGGCGGGAAGGAGAAGAUGGCCGAAGAAGUCCCCAUGGAGCAGAACUCCUAAAGAGAACUUUCACAAUGUCGGAUGAGAACUUUUUUUUGCCGAGUUGGCGUUUCCACAAGUUACCGAAGGUCGUUAUGGACAACAAAACACUGAUAAUAACUUUUUGUACCAAGAUGUUUCCUCCUAUCAGUUCUUGUUUGUUUGAUCCACGUCUCCACACCCGCGGGACUAGACCAGACCACACAAUCCUUCUCGUGUUCCAGCUGCUGUAGUACCUCGGAGCAAGGCCUGGUCCUCACCAUAUAUAUAAAGCUAUUUGUUUUCUACAUGUCCUGAAGAACACUCCCUUCCUGUUCCAAAUAAAGAGUUCUUCCAAAAGUGGUGUGUUCCCUCACAGACUUUCAAAACCAUUUUAGCUUCUAAUCUGAACAGGUUUCAGUCAACUUGAAGGUUCUGGUCUUCAACGGUCCAGGGACUAGACUUGUACAAGUACUUUGCAACAUGCUAGCUCAGGACAUCCUUGAUGAUGAUUGGCCCAGCAGUAAAGAGGGCGUGGCCUCCCUUUUGUGGGCUGAUACCAACACGAUUGCGAUAUCACGUGAACUGCUCCUAGUACCGACUUUUAUAUAUCCAAGUUCAAUAGAAUGUUCUCUGUUAGUUGCACUUGAAUACAAAUCCCAGGAUAAGCAAUAAAAUGGGGUGUGUUGAGUAGAAAUAAACUACAACUAAACAAAGUUAACAUUAUUGCUGUUUUGUUGGACGUGCUCAAAAAAUGUUUUGACCAAGUUGUAUUUUUUUAUACUUUCCUGGCAGAGGAAACAUCAAAUAUUGUUAUUUAUGAGUCUAAAUGUCCUUAUUUUGUCAACCUUUUAAGAAUGUUUCUUUAAUAAAUGCAAAUUGGGUGAUCAA